AUGUCUCCGUCAUCAGCAUCAGCGUCCGCGUCGGCUCCUGGCCCACACCCACUGGCUCUACCACCCACCUUCUCUCCCGAUACUCUCGAUGCCCUCUCCGAGCUUUCCCUCGUUCUAGCGCGCGUCCGCGCCGGUAUCCAGUCCUCCGCCGGCAUAACUACCGAGCCCGCGCCAGGAACCACAGGAAACAAUGCAUCUGGACCUACUUUAUCUUUCAAAGAUGUGCCUGGAGCUACUGACGGGCUAAAACAUAAGCUGCAGCGAGCUCGCGGGCAAGUUCGCGAAUUGCCUGAUAUGGACCGAUCCAUCGCAGAACAAAAUGAGGAGAUCCGCGAACUUGAAACACGUAUCGAAAAGCAGCGAGCCCUUCUUCAACGUUUGAGAGACGAAGCCACGGGACGAGACCGAAAGGACGAGGUCAGCGCUGGUGACAAAAUGGAGUCAUGA